AUGUCGGGAGGCUCAACACCCCCUUCAGAGUCGGUAGAAGAGGCCCCCAGGAGCAUCGCGUCUUUGCGGUCGAGAUUUGAGAACCUGGCAGCUGGGAACGACGCGACGGUCCCCAGUCAUAACAAAGCGGCAUCGGUCAGCUCGAUUAGAAAUGGCCACUUGAGCGCUGGCAAUGAAGUACCUGCCAGACCCAAGCCUGUUCCGCCUCCGAAACCCGUAUCACGGCCAAUCACCCCUGCGCCGACGUCUCCUCUCCCAACAGAAGAUGUACAGCCACAGCUACUACCACGUCCCCCUGCAGUAACCCCAGGCAGACCGACAACUCCAAAACCUGCUUUCAGCAAUCACCAAUCGACCCCAUCUGUUUCGGCACUUGCGGAAUCCCAUCUUCGAGCAGAAUCGCCUAUACCGCCACGGUCCUCCUCGCCUACUCCUAGCCUCGGCGCCCGACGCGCUGCUCCUGCUAUCCCCAGCAAACCUGCAUCAGCUGCGAGCUCUGCAGUGCCGAGCAAUGCGCCUUUGGUAAACAUUACCCUGGGUGGGUCGGAGAAUGGAGAGGAGGAGGAACCCGCGAUAUCUGUCAAGGCGCUACGAGAGCGUUUCAGCGGGCAAGGUCAGGCAGCAGCCGAAAGACCGCCGAUAGAUGUGCCCAAAGCAGUUACUGUACCCGUUGUCCCAAGGGCGGUACCUGCUCCCAUCAUACAGAGGACUUCGGAGGACGGGGAAACGACGUCUCCCGUGGCCUUGUCUCCUUCGCCUGAAGAGAUUGACUCGCACAUACUAGCACAAGUCACAAGCAGGCAGCCCGAAUUGAACUCGUCUCCUUCGUCGAUUGGUCACUCGUCGCUACCAUCGAUAUCCCGGGCAGCAUCUCCAGCACCGGGCCCACCGCCUAUAAAUCGAGCGCACAAACCACCGCCUCGUCCUACUAGUACUGCUCCAGGGUCCACAGAGUCCUCCCCACCUCCCAUCCCUCCAAAUAGACCUGCCCUCCCAGCAAGAAGCCCGACUAUAUCGUCAGAGGCCCCGCUGCCACUCCCCCCUCGUCGACCGACUGUCAGCUCGGCGGAUUCUCUAGAGCCGGCGACGACGUAUACCGCACCGCCCCCCGUCCUGGCUUCGUCACCGCCGGUCCACGUUGCACCAGGAGGACCACCUCCUCUGCCAGACAGGGCUCGCGCGUCAACAGCUACCAGAACAGAACCAGAAGCGAGGGCCGCUCCAGGUCCGCCACCUCCACGUUUGCCUGCGCGAAACAAUACCAUUUCAGUCCACAUCAAUGUCGCCCCCUCGUCACCUGUGGGACCUCCAUCUCAUCCAUCAUCUCCUUCCCGAAAGAGGACAGGCUCCGGUACCCUUCCUCCACCCCCUCUACGCAGUGCUGUACUCAAUUCGACAGUGUCGAAUACGGCGUCUCCACCUCGCCGGGCGAGCACUAUAAGCCACCGUGUCCCCCAGCCUCAGCCUGCUACCAUACCCCAGUCUCACUCGACAGACAACUUGAACGAUGAUAGACAGCUUGUCGAAGCAGAUUCAGAGGACGAGGACGCCGAGCCGCCUGAAGAUGCUGCCAUAUUGGGCCUGAGCGCCCAAGCCCGCCGGCUGCUGGAGGAUCAUCCGGAUACGACUCAAGCCAAUCGCAAACUCCCUGCAUUCGUUCCCGACGUUCGUAUCAAAGAUUGCCAUCACGUCUCGGCGUUUGCCGUCUAUGGCCGUUACAUCUGCACUGGCGCGCAUCAUGUGCGAAUCUACGAUACGAUGCUGUCGGACCAUGCUAUCCAAGUUAUUGACUUGAAGGAGCAUGUAGAUGGACCUGGAGGGGGAGGGAAAAUCAAAGAGACGAAAGUGACUGCGAUGGGCUUCAGACCCGGGUGUUCAGAAGCGGAAGAAGGGAGGUGGUUGUGGUGUGGCACGAAGGAUGGGCAUUUGUGGGAGGUAGAUAUCACCACAGGCGAAGCGUCCGCUUUCAAAGCGUAUGCCCACACUUCUGCAGUGUCGCACAUCUGGCGGCACAGGCAGAGUGUCCUCACGCUUGACGACUCGGGUAAACUGCUUGUCUUUGAGGUCGUGCAGGAAGCAGACAGCAAGCCAAUCUUGACAAGAACACUUCGGAUCGGCGAAAAGUUUACGUUUGCAAAGAUGCUCUGCGGCAAGCUGUGGACUUCGAGCGGACCUGCUGCGCGAUCUGUGACCUCUGCAUCCUCCCGCGGCCCCACCAUCCGCAUCUACGACCCCUGCUGCCCCGGCAACAUGCCCCCUCCCAAAUCCCUCUUCACCACCGAAUGGACCGGCGCUGUCACCUCUGCCACCUACAUGCCUCUUGAUCGAGAUAACAUCUUUAUGGGGCACGAGGGCGGUUAUGUGAGUCGGUGGGAUGGGAGGGAGCUGGUUUGUGUGGGGGUGAUGAAGGUUUCGAAUACGGAUGUGCUUGCGUUGGAGGGGGUUGGAGAGUAUUUGUGGGCAGGGAACAGGAAGGGGCAGGUGUUUGUUUAUGAUAUCCAAGAGAGACCUUGGGUGGCUACGAAUAUCUGGACCGCGCAUCCGGACAAUCCCAUCCAAUCGCUGGUGAUGGACCCCUACUCGAUUGAGCAAGCUGGGAGAUAUACCUGCUGGUCGUUUGCUAGGGAUUCUCUUCGCGCAUGGGAUGGGCUACUAUCUGUCGACUGGAUCGAUAAACAACUCCGAAUCCGUCAACCAGAGUUUUGCACAUUCCGCCAAGCCAAUAUCCUUAUCUGUACUUGGAACAUUGACUCUUGCCGCCCUGCUGACCUCGCCAACGGCCCCGAGCCGAAUCAACGCUGGUUGGACGAGUGUCUCAAGAGUGUGGAUAGUCCCGACAUCAUUGUGUUUGGCUUCCAAGAGGUCAUCCCGUUGACAGACAAAAAGAUCACUGCCAAAACCCUGCUGUUCGGAUCCAAGAAGGAUACAGGUGCCACAGCGGACCGCGUAUCCCACGCUUACCGCCAAUGGCUCGAGAAGCUCACUUCUGCCGUUCUCCAAGCCAUGCCUGCAGGCACCCCCUACGUCAAGAUCCACUCUGAAAGCCUUGUCGGCCUAUUCACCUGUAUCUUUGUCAAAAGCAAAGAAAAGCAGAUGUUGCGCGAUUUGGACAUCACCACCGUCAAACGAGGCAUGGGAGGGAUAUACGGAAACAAGGGCGCCAUUGUGUCGAGGCUGGUGAUGGAUGACACUUCUAUCUGUUUCAUCAAUGUCCAUCUGGCGGCCGGGCAGUCGCAGAAGGCGUCGAGGAAUGCGGAUUUGGCGGGGAUAUUGGAGGAUAAGGCGAUCUUCCCGCCGACGGAGGAGCUGCCCUUCAUACAUGGAGGUAGUGGCACCGGGAUCUUGGACCAUGAGAUGGUGUUUUUGAACGGAGAUCUCAAUUAUCGUAUCGACCAACGACGCGAGAAUGUCAUCUCCUCUGUGCAUAGUAACGAGCUCGCCUAUCUUCUCGAGCACGACCAGCUACGAAAAGAGAUGAGGACGAAUCAUGCGUUCAGGCUGAGGAGUUUCGAGGAGCCUCCCAUCAAUUUCAAGCCGACGUACAAGUAUAAUCCGGGGACUCAUGAUUAUGACACAAGUGAGAAGAGGAGGAUCCCUGCCUGGUGUGACCGUAUCCUGCAUAACAAAUCACCCCGUAUCACGCCCAUCAACUACCAACGCUACGAGCCUGUCGUCUCGGACCACCGACCCGUCUCUGCAGGGUUUGCCAUCCAACUCAAGAUGGUAGAUCAGCUGAGGAUGUUGGAGGUGAGGAGAGAUGUGACGGCAGAGUGGGGAGAGAGGGAGAAAGAGAUCUUGCAGCAGAUAAGAGAUAUAUUUGAAGGCAUCGAGUGA